AUGGUCAGAGGACAUACUGAAAAUUUGGUUCACUUUUGUGAGAUCUUGGAGAUUGAUGUUAACGCUAGGAAUGAGAUUGAAAGACUUCCCCGACAUUGUGCAUCUGGAAUCCUCGUUGUUUUCGUUGGAGAAAAUAAAAGAAAGUACAGGGUCCAUCUCGAUGCUUUCCGUGGCGCGUCACCAUUCUUUGAAAAGGAGACCUUGCAGAAGUCGAAGGACUCUCACAUCCAGAAUAUCACGUUGACAGAGAAAGUUGAUGACCCCGAAGCCUUUGAGAUGUUCAUUCAGUUUGCAUACAUCAAGAACUACAUCGUCCCCAACAAGAGAGCCUUGGAUCAACUCUUCAUUCACGCCAAAGUGUAUGUUCUCGCCGAAAGAUUGGAAUGCACAGACCUCAAGGCAUUGGCCGUCAAACGCGCCACGAGAUACUGCCUUGGGAGUUUCGAUACCGCAUCCCGAUACAACGGAGUCAUCGCUAGCCUUCCGCGUGCGAUUUCGACGAUCUAUAGCUUCACGGUUGAUCCUAAUUCCGGAAGACCCCCCGGACGCAAGGGAGGAGAAACAGAAGGAAGUUUGGUGGAGUAUAUCAUCCGUGAUCCUUUCAGGUUGUUGCUCGCUAAGAUCUCCAGCUGUCAUCUCGCGGAAUUGAAGACAAAGCAGGAUUUCCUUAGAAUUCACAGCACCCGCUCUGAUUUCGCAACUGACCUCCUCCUAUUCCUUGGCUCUGGAGAAAAGAUGCAAGUCGACAAGAAUGGCAACAUGGUUUAUCCAUUCCAGUUUGUUUAA